AUGACAGAUAACAUCAGUUUCAACAUGAAAUUCUACCUGGAUGGACGCACAAAGGUCACUUUCCCACGUCACACGUCACCUAUAUAUCCCACCGUGAAGUCAUUGGAAGAGUGGGACAUGGUCAGGUUGAUGAGGGUUGACAUGUUGGUCACACUGCUGGCUUGGUAUCUGGAAUCUGACAGCCAAACCACCUUCAACAUUGAGAAUGGGAACACCAACACUAUGCAAGGUGCAGAUUUGCAGAUGGCAGUCAACAUCAAGGACCCUACUGCUUCAGCACCAGACGCAAAUCUGAUGGAUCAGAGUGAUAGAUAUGUGCCUCAGCAAUCCAAUAACAUGAUCAUGGGCAAAGUCAAUGCGCAGUAUGUCAAGAUGCUUGACCUCAUGACUAUGGGCAUGCACAAGAUCCUCAUAUACAUGGAAUUUCCUAUGAUGGCCCCCCUACUUGUGGCACAGUAUCGAGGAGAGGAACAAAACUGUCCAAAAGUUCAUGGCACCAUUGGCCUCAAUCUUACAGCUGCCAGCAUUGUCAUUCUCUUUGACCAAUGCUGGUCACGCAUGCUGGUGAAUCAGAUCAUUGGACGUGCAUGGCAACUAGGCCAAACAUGGGGGGUCCUUGUCUACAACAUGGUGGCAUUGGGAACUGUCAACAUCUUGAUGGUUGAUCAUGGAGAGGGGAAGGGGAAUAUGCUAGGACAAUUCUUACCUGCAAACAAAGUGGCUGAUGCAGAUGACGACGAUGAAGUGGAAAUUAUUGUUACACCCACACCAGCAGCCAAAUCCUCAAAGUCACAGAAGAAAGUCACAAAAGGCAGCAAGAAACAAACCUGUCAUAUCCCACAAUCCGGACCCAUGUUGCAUCAUAUUCCCACGCCUUCCAAGCCUACAUCCAGACCCCACUUCAUAUCCAACCCAUUCCCAGAUCCUCUUCCGCUGUGUGCUCCACACCUCAGCAGGAUUGACUACGCUCUGGAUUUACCCCUGAGCUCCAGACCAUCGGAUCUCCACUGCUAG